AUGAAGACGCCAACCAAACAAGGUGCGGCAGAGAACAAUAGAGAGCUGAUGAAUAUCACACAUACCAAGAAGUUGAUGGAUGGAGAGACUAGCAAACAAACCAAGUGCUUCCUGCAUUCCAACGUUCGAGACCCAACCAAUCCCAACCGGAUUAUAGUAGAGGCGACUUGCAAUUCACCAGAGAACAAGAUCGAGAAGAAGAUCAUUGUCUACUAUGGCGACCAAAAAAUGAUGAUGUGCAGUGUUGGACAUAUUACAAACCAUACCAGGUCAAUGCCCUAUUUGAAGCUUGCUGUACCUGCGAUUGGAGAACACGAUCCAGAGAAGCCUAUCAUUGGAGAUUCUGUCCAACAUUGCCAGAACUGUUCAAAGGGUUGUUCUCGCAUCUUGAAGUGUUGCCAUCCAGACAGCACGUUUGGCGUCUUUGUAUACUUCUGUCGAUGGAACUGCCUUGUCGAGUAUCUAACCAACAAACGAGAGAAAUGGACUCAAUGGUGCGAAGCGAACACCGGUAUCUCCAGCAGGGCAACGAUAGAUAUCGACGAUAAUGCGAUGUCAACAACUACAUCACCACCCAUCCCAGCACCCAGCCCAGCAGCACCAAGCCCAGCAAUAACCAAACCAGUGUCUAAAUCAAAGGCCAAGAAAGCAGCUGCAACACCAACACCAACAACAACAACAACAACAACAACAACAACAAGGAGGAACAAUAAGAGGAAGAACAAUACCCUUGAAGAAGGUGAAGAAUAA